UCUUUUAUUCAUUUCACCCGAAGCAGUUACAUUAACAGAAAUAGAAGAAAGAAAGAAAGAAAGAAAGAAAAGAUGAACAUUAGCACAAGCAGUAACUUGGAGACGCGGUCUCUGCUUGAUGAGCUCUGCAACUUCGACAAAGAGGGAAUGUUGGAUCUCGGCCACCCUCUUCUCAACCGCAUCGCUGAGAGCUUUCUCAAAGCCGCCGGUGUAGGAGCAGUGCAAGCUGUGUCGCGUGAGGCUUAUUUCACGGCCAUUGAAGGUUGCGGGGCUGUUAAUAAUGGUGGGGCUUUACCGCCAGAAAUCACAGGUGCAAAGAAGAAGAAGACGCAGUGUUUUUCAGGUCUAAAAGGAGAAACCAGCUGCAAGUCCCUUGAGGCACUGGUGAAGAACACUGGAAAAGAGUCCUUACAAUGGGGAUUGGCUGCUGGAAUAUAUUCAGGUCUUACAUAUGGCUUGAAGGAAGCUCGCGGAGCUCAUGACUGGAAAAAUAGUGCAGUUGCUGGAGCAGUCACUGGGGCAACACUUGCACUAACAUUGGAAGACUCAUCUCAUGAACACAUUGUGCAGUGUGCUAUCACUGGAGCUGCAAUCUCCACUGCUGCAAAUCUCCUCACUGGGAUUUUCUGAGUGGAUGUUUUGUUAACAUUCGUUUUUAAUAUUAGUACCCUCUUCUUUCCCUUCUUGAUUCUUAGAGUUACUAGUACAUACUGCAAUGAUUUUUCUCUUAAAUUUAAUUUUUGAUUAUAAUU